AGCUGCGUCACUGGGGCCUGGAGAGAGCGCUUGCCUGUCUUCCGGCGAGUCCGCAAUAUUACUCCUCCGUACGAUAAACACUUGCAGCUCCGUAGCAACCAACACUUCGCUCUUUCCUCCAUUCAAUCCACUCAGUCAACACAAUGAUCCUCCUGCCCCGCCCGUGAUCCGCUAGUCUCCAACAUUUCCUUGUUCAAUCAUCAACCAACAUGGCUCCAUCGUCCUCCGUUGGCUCCGAUGUUUUUGCCAUACUCGCCUUGCUUUCUAUCUCGACAACAGUCAUUCUUCUUCUCCGAUACUACCUUCCUUUACGAACUACUCCCGCCUAUCUUCUGAUUCCUGUCUUCUUGGCCCUCGCCCUCCCGUCCUCCAUCGUCCUCCUGGUACCAAUUGACUUGGCCUCAUCGUCCGGAACCGACACAGAAGGCCAAAGAGGAAUAUGGCUGCCCGACAACGUCAUGCUGGUCGCAUGGCGACUUGCAUACUGGCUCACCUUUUGCUUGACAUGGUUUGUACUCCCUCUACUCGGUGAGUACUGUGACUCAGGCUACCGGGAACCCAAGGACCGAUUCAUAUAUUCUCUCCGAUCUAAUGCGCGCUACCAACUCAUCACUCUAUCUCUUGGAACCACUGGCGCAAUCUACUUCUUUUGGCAGAAUCACAAUGAUGAUACUACAACCAAGGCCACAACACUCAAGGCUCUAGUCAUGGCCAUGGCUUAUGCAUACGGUCUGAUUCUGUCCAUCUACCUUAUGGGUCAUGGACUCGUUGCCAUACCACGCCGUCUGAUCAGAGAUGCGACUGUCAGUGCCAGAUUGAGGAGGCUUCAGACUCAUGCGCCGGGGAUACACGACAAAUUAGAUGAGGCCAUUGAUGAUUUAGCACAGGUCGAGGCUCAAAUCCUGCAGCUGCGCCAGCGCAAGAAUGCCAUGCCCAGGGAUCUACAAGACUGGGUAGAGGAACUCUACGACACAUCUAACCUGCCCGAGUCACGUCCCACUGCCAUAUCUGCACCUGCACCCCCACCCGUCGUGACGGAGAGAUAUAUGGCAGAACUUUCUCGAAAGGUAAAGCGCGCACGACACAAGCGCGCUCGCUUUACAGGCGAGUGGAAUCACUUGGUUAGGCAAGCUGCCAGACUGCAGUCGCUCAUCGAUUUUCCUUCAUCGCAACGCCCAACAUCAGCCAACAUGCGCUAUCAUGUCCAGGUUCACGUUUUUCCUGCCCUUCGCAUCGUUGUGGGUGUUUUCCUUGCAUGUGCAUCCGUUGGGCUUAUCUGGUCAGAAGUGGUUCAUGAGAAGGCGCCCAAGCUGUCCUUGGUCGGCAAGAGUGUUGUACACCACCCCUCAAGCUCUCGAGGCCAGAUCGGCUUCGCUGGUCAGAUGAUUUCCGCUGCAUGGCUGCUUUACAUGUGUGCUGCAGCCUUGUAUUCGGUGACAGAAGUCAAGGUCUGGGGUAAUCGUGCGCUCGUACGUCGUCAGACCUAUGCUGAAAGCGCUUGUUGGUACAGCUUGCAAGUGGCAAAGCUUACAGUGCCGCUAAGCUUCAACUUCAUCACCAUGAUUGACCCUACUAUCAGCGAGGGUACGACUUUCUUCCGCUUCCUCGGACGGCUGAUCAAUCUGACACCGGUCAUUGGUAACUUCUCUGCUUACUUUCCUAUCGUUGUCUUGCUACCUGUAUUCGCGACUCUCUUCAACCUAUACGGCAAGGUUAAGAACAUCAUCGGAUUCGGCGUGAUCGAAGACGAACACGACGAGCCAGGGGCUGGCACUUGGCGUGAAGGUCGUAUUCUUAUCGAACGCGAGCUGCAGGCCGAUGGAUCACAGCUCAAUAUUGCUUCUUCGAGCCUGUUGUCUUCAGCCGAGCCAUCACCACGCCAUAGUGCCGAUCUCAAUCGACCAUCUCGAUUGACCAACAACAAUCGCGCCUCUGCCGCCAGAAGAGCUGCAGCACGCAUGCCUGCUGAAGAUGAAGACACCAGCGACCGCGCCUUCUUCCAAGACGUCGGCCAGCGUAUGCGCAACACAUUCGAUACAGUGGAGACGCCGGCAUGGCUUAGAGACAUAGGCGAGGGUAUCAAGAAGCCCAAGUGGAUGAGUGGAGACAACGACGACGGUGGUCAGGGCUCAGGAGAAGGAAUCAAUUUCUUUGGAAAGCUGUUCGGCGGCGGCGGCGGCAGCAGUAGCAAUGGUAAUAUCAGAUUGUAGUAUUAGUUAGACCUAGGCUUUUUGUUUUUAGCGAGGUGUUGGGGAUACGUACGUAGAUUGUUGGCUUUUGGAGGCUUCGCACAAGUAGGAUCUCGAAGAGUCCUAUCUCGCAAACAAGACGAAGUAUUUGUACAUGCAGAAACUUAUGAUUAUGUACAUGGCUAUCUAGAUGGUCUGUUGUCUGUCUGUCUCUCAUAAUACUUGAGACAAACUUUUCAUU